UACAUCAUUUCACCACAGAAAUACACCCAAAUAUAGUGACUUUUGGUUGAGGAUUUUUUCGAAUUAAAAUGAUGAAGAACUUCCCUCAAACCACUGAUGAAUAACAUAGGACAGUAGCUUUCUAAAUUUGAACAAUGGGAGAGUAUUCACGUUACGCCAUCUCUCAGCAAACCGCAGGAAUGUGGUUGUAGGCCCAAUAGACAAUUUAUUUUUAACAUAAAAUAAUUGCUCGGAAUUAUAUUCUUCGUUUAUAUUUUUUAAACGCCGACAAAAAUAACGGUACAUUUUCAUCUUUAUUAUGAAAAUUUUGGCAGUUUUAUUUUUUGGUUAGCUAAACCGUGAUUUCUACCCACAAACCAAAUCUACCGAUAUUCUUAUCAGCGUUGCUAACAGGUGUUCACCUAUUUAAACUUGUAUGUAAGCGAACAUGCUGCAACUGUGUCUUCUUCUAAUGAAGAACCGCAAAUUUUCAGAACAAGUUUGCUGGUCCUUGCGAUCAGAUGCGCUGCGCUCGCUUGGAGUUGAAGCGAAAAUCGAAGGAAAACGCUUGCAAAAUGCAUAAGCCAGAGUCUUUUACACAGCUUUUCAGCUUAUUAGCAGGAGCACAAUUGCUGCUUAUAGCAGUUAAUAUACGCUUAGCAGUCGCUUGCCACGAGGAUCAGCCUUGUUUAACACCACGAAACCGGCUUGGCAGCUAUGUAACACACGCUAAUUACCUCAAGUUGACCAAGGAGUUGCAACAAUUAUGUUUGGGUGUGUGCAGUUACAAUGGAACAACACAAUUUCUAUGCUGCCCUUCGCUAGAUGUGCCCUCAGACAAAAGAAUAUCGCAAACUCAAUGUGAGCGAGAUCACCGAAAAUUCUCUUUCAUAUUUAUCACAAAUGGCAUGCCUGCGAGGGAAAAUGAAUUUCCGUUUAUGGCCGCCAUAGGUUGGCGCUCUACCUUUGGCAGCAGUGACAUAACAUACAGAUGUGGUGGUGCUUUGAUCACCAGUCGGCACUUGCUAACUGCGGCGCAUUGCCUUUACCAUUCGGAUGAACCGCCAAUUGUGGUGCGCCCAGGUGGUUUCGAUUUAGAUGAUACUGAGGCGAGGGACAUUGAAAUCGAUCAAAUCCACAUGCACCCAGGGUAUCAAUAUCCGGGUGUUUACAAUGACAUUGCAAUUCUACUGUUGAAAGAGGAAUACUACGCCGGCAGAUCCGUUAACUCUGGACCAGCAUGCUUGUGGGCAAAACCAUUGCAGGCUGCAAAUGUUACGGCUAUCGGUUAUGGUAAUACACAAUUCGCCGGUUUAUCAUCGUCAAAAUUAAUGAAGGCCGAGCUGAGUAUUCUACCAAAUCAAAAAUGCGCCGAAUAUUAUGAAGAAGACGGCAUUAUAUUCUCGCAAUUGUGUGCAAAUGACCCGAUAAAAAGGGGUGAUACGUGUCAGGGUGACUCCGGCGGCCCUAUUAUAAUGUACCGUAAUAUCGGCAAGAAUUAUUUUAAUGUGCCCUACAUAGUUGGUAUCACCUCUUUCGGCAUUGGUUGCGGCACUGGAGCGCCAGGCGUGUACACGCGCGUCGCCAGUUAUAUAGACUGGAUUGAGAAAGUUGUCUACUAUUAAAUGUGCUUCGUUUUGGUAUUGUAAGAGAAUAAAUAUUGCAUUUUAAAUUGUACGAAAACUUUGUUAUUAUAAGAGAAUAAAUAUAUUAAUAUAUACAUAAAAAUAAAUAUA